UGCUACCGCGCGGUCGAGCAGGCCAUGGUGGCCCUGCAUGGCCUUCUCGACGGCGGCCGCGAAGGUCGGCAAAAGCUCAACGAGCUCUUCCACCCGUGCACGCCCAUGAAGAACGAGUUUGAUGACUCGGUCUUCGAGUCGUCCGUCAUGUCGCUCUUCCAGGGCGUGUCCCAGUACAACGCCAUUUACGCAGGCCCGACGCUCACGGACGUGUGCAACAUCUUCGCGAAGAGCAACGACUCGCUCGCGCAGCUCGCCGCGUUCGUCCAGACGGCGUCGAAAAAGCCGUGUUUGGACUCGAACUUUGAAGGCACGGCCAACGGCACGAUCGAGGUGCUCAGCGAAACGGCAUUCGACGGCACGAGCUCGAGCCGCCAAUGGUUUUACCAGACGUGCAAAGAGUUUGGGUACUUUCAGACGGCCGAGUCGAACCAGUCGCCGUUCUGGCCGCUCAAAACACAGACGCUCCAGAACGUCGGCCUCGAAGUGUGCAAGCGCGUCUUCCAGAUUCACGUGCACCCGGACACGCUCGGCAUCAACAUUGGCUACGGGUCGCUCGACAUUACGGUCGACCACGUCGUCUUUCCCAGCGGCACCAUCGACCCGUGGCACGCGCUCGCCGUCCAAAACACGACGCGCAUGAACACCAAGGCGGCGCGCCCGAUCUUCAUCGAAGGCACGGCCCACUGCGCCGACAUGCACGCGCCCAACGCGACCACCGACUCGGGCCACAUGCGCUGGGCACGCCGCGAGAUCGCCGCCGCCGUCGCUUCGUUUGUGAGCACCCCGAUCGCUGCCGAGUAGUUUAAAGCAGUUGAUCAAACAAGUCGCGAAUGC